ACCAACAGUACGACUUUGUUCGACAUUGUAUCGUGUGCAGCAGCCAAACUUUCUCGACAUUGCUGCCAAUGUAUAUCGGCUUGAAAAGCUACCUAUUGCAUUCACUUUUACCGCUCUGAAUAUGUUGGAGCAGCCGCUUGACAAGAUUCCGUUCGUGUUGUUAGUCCGAGUAGUACUGCAAACUUUCACAAUUCCCAAGGACCUGAUUGAUCAGUAUGGUUUAAUUGCUGGUCUACGAGAAGCUCUCGGCGUAUGGGGUCAAUCGUAUGACCUGGGGAAAUUUCUCAACGACAUGCUGAGAAGAGUUAGAGAAUCAACUCACGACGCGCUGGCACCUGAACUACAUUGGUGGCGAGAUUUGCAAGCUAUAACAAAAGAAGACCUCACAUUCACCUUGGGAAACGUGAAACAGGACGCAACUGAAGCUCCUGUAGGCGUUCGAUUAGAACUUAUAACGGAGUCGUUACGGCAGGAUAUACCACUACGUUUCAAUUUGCCCAUAAUACCCAAUAGCGACACCACAGUUCUCGAAAAGCUUCAUCAAAAGUAUCAAUCCGAUCCAGCCAUGGUUUUUCAUAACGACUCGUAUACCUCCAUUCAAACCAUAUGUGAAGGCGUCACCCAGUACUUUGCGCAUGAUUCCAUUAUCAAACCUAAUGUCGACGAUAUAUCCAAUUUGCAUAGUGUCAUUGAUCUAGCCAAAGGCUACUUACUUGCAAAGUCUGAGAAAUGUCGUAACAGUCCCUCUAAUCCAGAUGAUUCGAUGGCAAGUGCAAAUGCUAUCAAUGACAAUUUAGAAUCGAUGAAUGUAGAAAGCAAUGGUGCCGAGCCUUGCGGAGAAUAUACAUUAUUGGCUGCUUUAAUGUGCCUCAAGGACUCAAGGCGAAGCUCACGGCAACAAUGGCGACUUUAUGUGAAGGACUAUAAUGAUGCCAAUCAAGCGUGGAAUGUGUACUAUAACGAUGGACACGGUGAAAAAGCAACAUCGAUCGCUGGCGAUCAAGCAAUCCAAGAUUUACGUGGGGUUUGCUCGCCGAACCCUCAACUGUCGACUAAUGCAAGGAAUACUAUGCUAUAUGACACUGAAAGUUACAAGCCAGUGUACCUUGUAUAUGUCAAUGCAUAUAUUGUCUCUACACGACAAGAAGCGUUGAUGUAUAUGGAGCAGGAGAGGCAAAACAUCCUUGGCAAACGAAAAGUUAUUACGGAUGACGACUAUGUCGACGACUACGACAAUGAAGAUAUGGAUGAUGGAGACGUCUGUAAACACUGCCUUAUUGGAAUAGAUGUCGAAGGAAACCGUCUGUUUAUUUGUGAUGCAUGUAAUCAAUGUGUACACCAGCUCUGCGAGACGCCACCCAUCCAAAACGACGAGAUUGAAAUUGAUCCUUGGUUAUGUCGCGAAUGCACAGCUGCUGGGAGAAAACCUAUCAUGAAUACAAGCGUUGACAAGGCAGAACUCCACAAUCAAGUAUGCGACGAGCCAGCACCCAAGAGGAUCAACUUACAAUAGGAGAGACUAUGAUUUCCCCGAUACCACUUUUUUUUUCAAGCUGUUAGAUAUUGGUUAGAAAAAGUGAAACUACACACUACGGCUAAAUUUUUGACGGGCUGGACUAUGAAAGUGAACUUCCGAGUGUCAUUGUUCGGCGAGUUUGUGAAAAGUUUACAAGAAACAUGUUUGCCAAACAUGUCUUCAAUUACUGUGGUACUUCUCUUUCGUCUUCU